AGAAAGGGGAGAAGAAGAUCCAAGACGGCUGAGGUACUAUAAUGGCAACCACAGUCUGUCUCCUCAUCUGGGUGGUAUUCAUAACAGAUUCUGUAUGGACUCGAACUGUGAGACAGGUCUAUGAGGUCCAUGAUCCAGAGGAUUUUAAUGAGCAAGACUUCGAUUGUCCCAGGGAAUGUUUCUGUCCCCCUAGUUUUCCUACUGCUUUAUACUGCGAAAAUCGUGGUCUCAAAGAAAUCCCUGCUAUUCCUUCAAGGAUCUGGUAUCUCUAUCUUGAAAACAACCUGAUAGAAACCAUUCCUGAGAAGCCAUUUGAGAAUGCCACCCAGCUGAGAUGGAUCAAUCUAAACAAGAACAAAAUAACCAACGGUGGAAUUGAAAGAGGCGCCCUGAGCCAACUAAAGAAGCUGCUUUUCUUAUUUCUGGAAGAUAAUGAGCUAGAGGAGGUUCCUUCUCCAUUGCCAAGAAGCUUAGAGCAAUUACAAUUAGCCAGAAACAAGGUGUCUAGAAUUCCUCAAGGGACCUUUAGCAAUCUGGAGAACCUGACCCUUCUUGACCUGCAGCACAAUAAACUAUUAGACAAUGCCUUUCAAAGAGACACCUUUAAGGGACUUAAGAACCUCAUGCAGCUAAAUAUGGCCAAGAAUGCCCUGAGGAAUAUGCCACCAAGAUUACCAGCCAACACAAUGCAACUGUUUUUAGACAACAAUUCCAUUGAGGGAAUACCAGAAAAUUAUUUUAAUGUGAUUCCUAAAGUGGCCUUCUUGAGACUAAACCACAACAAGUUAUCAGAUUCAGGUCUCCCUUCCAGUGGCUUUGAUGUGUCAUCCAUUCUAGAUCUCCAACUCUCUCACAAUCGACUCACAAAGGUCCCCCGAAUCAAUGCUCAUCUGCAGCACCUGCACCUGGACCAUAACAAAAUUAGAAAUGUGAACGUCUCUGUAAUAUGUCCUGCCACUUCCACACUGCCUGCAGACCAAGAUUCCUUCAGAUACGGACCUCAUCUGAGCUACCUUCGUCUGGAUGGAAAUGAAAUCAAACCACCAGUCCCAAUGGAUUUAAUGAAUUGUUUCAGGCUCCUUCAGACUCUCAUUAUUUAA